AUUUCUUCCUCAUAAAAAAAAAGAUUCUUCUCAUCUUCAACAACAUCGCUCCAGUUUGUUUUUCAAGAAUUUCAUCGACCACAACAUCUUCUCCCACAAGAAGGAGAAGAGUUUUGGUAAUUUGAAAUCGCAAUGACCUCACGAUAGCCUCAUCUUUCAAUCAUGGCAGACACAAAUACAGUGACUCCGGCUGGUGCUCCAAUUGAGGCCACAACUCCCACAAAACCAAAACAUGUUGGACCUAGACCGCCGUCUAAGUUCCAGCAAUUGAACAAACUUUACGGGCUUCCUGCUCCUAUUCGAACAUUUCCUCUUCCUACUCUCAUACCCCACAAUCCUCUUUCACUCUUCCAUAUUCUUUAUGUUUGGUUGUCGCAGACAAUCAAUCGUCCUUCAUCACAUUUUGAUACCCUUUAUCAAGGAUGGUUCUCACCUGAAACACGAUCCAUUCACAUAACGGAUUCUCGAUCUAUCAGAGGUCUCUGGGAGCAAGGUUUCUAUGGGAAAGGAAGUCUGAGUCGCAGUGAACCGAGUUGGCUGACGCGCGAGAAAAAGCGACGGGGUGUUUCAAAAGCGAUUGCAAGCGAGGAUGUUACAAGAAAACGUCGUGCCGAUCGUCAACAAACCAAGUGGGAGCGGGCGAGAAAAGAAAGAGAAGCUAUUGAUCAGACUUUAUUGGAAGAAGCAAAGGCAAAGGAACUAGCCCAAACCAAAAUUGUUGUCCAAUCUGAAGAGAACAUCACAGUCGAAGUUGACAAUCUUCCCGCUCUUGCUGAGCCAAAUCUGAAAACAGAAAUUGUCGAAAUAUCUUCGCAUUGCUUAGAUAGCACAGAUAAUGUUGCUUUUACUAGCAUUACAUUAUCGCAAGCUCCUACUGGUCCAAUGCAGCUUCUUGCUCUACCCAACUCAUCUAUUGAGAUUGUAAAGACACAAGCCGUCGAAGAACCAUUGUCUCGACAUGCAGUAAGUGUCGACGAGGUUGUUUCUUCAAAUGCCGCGUCAUUUAUCGCUCCUACUGGACCCUUGGGCAUUCUUGCACUACCAAACUCUCUCGUAGAACUCAAUCUUCUGAGUCACCAAGACCGUACAAAGUCGUUGUCCUCGCCAACGAUCACCACAACUGUUGAUGAACAUGUAUCAAAGUCUAAUGUACCUCCAGCCCCGGUGGGUCCUCAGGAAUUGCUAGCUCUUCCAAAUUCCGCAACUGACGCUUCCGCAACCAUUGCAAAAUUAACUUUUGGUACCGAAGAUAAUAAGGCUCUGGAUGAAUACCUCAUCCGAUCAACAUCUAUUGAGGUUGAUGACAACUCAGUUACGACACAAGAAAAGGUUGCAACCCUUGAAAGCUCAACAUUCAUCACCGAUCGAGUUGAUGCUCCGCUGACACCAGCCUCCACGGCUUCUAUUCAGAACAGCGCAUCUGAUGGUGAGGUACCUGAAAACGGUUCAUCCACAUCUGUAUCAGACCGCCAAAAGAGUGUUCGAUUUUCCCCGACUGUGGAACAAACCACCUUCUUGCCAUCUCAACCAGCAAGUCCUGGGCGUGCUGUGGCAAGUACUGAAGAGAAGCCUGGAGCGGUCUCUGAACUGAUUUUGGAUGAAGAUAUGGUCAUCGAAGACCAGGAACACUUUCAAUUGACUAUGGAAGAAGCUUUCUUUCUCUCCUACGGAUUAGGAGCUCUUACCGUCCUUGAUCCCGUCACCAAACAAGCACUUUCGAAUCAAGAUUUGUUUUCACUCUUCAGAAAAUCGUCAUACUUUCCACCCACUUCAAAUCCGAGUCUAUCAACGGAUGAUCCUUUUCUCGUGAAUUAUGUUGUUUAUCAUCAUUUCCGUUCUUUGGGCUGGGUCGUGCGUGGUGGAACAAAGUUCUCGGUUGAUUAUCUACUUUACAAUCGUGGGCCAGUCUUCAGUCACGCUGAAUUUGCUGUUUUGAUCCUUCCAUCAUACAGUGAUCCUUACUGGUCCAGUGGUCCAUUCUUGCAAAAUUAUGUGAAAGGCAAACAGGAAAGAAGCUGGUCAUGGAUGCAUUGCAUCAAUCGAGUCAUCACUCAGGUUAAGAAGACUUUGAUUUUGGUUUAUGUGGAUAUACCCGCACCUAUCGAUGGAAACAUGAAGGAAAACAGCGUGGAUAAAUUGCUUGAAAAGUAUAAGGUGAGAGAAGUUGUUCUCAAGCGUUGGUCACCAAAUCGUAGUCGGGACUAAAAGCACCCAAAAAUUAACAUGUAUCACAAAAACAUUCAAAAUACCACAUUUUCAAAGAUCACAUUCAUUGCUUCAUGAUUCUCAAACAAAUGGCCAUACUCCCACCCUUCCUGAUCACUUGAAAUAUAGAUCACUGCUAGAAUUUCAACCGCAACAACAACGACGGCACUAUGCAAUCAUUCCA